UUUGAUAGAUGCGAUCGUGAUUUGAGCUUGGGGGUCUUAGUGAUGGAUGUGACAUACUGUGACAUGAUCUCUGGUCGUCAUUUGGAACACGUCAGUAGUGCUCGCUUCUUGGUCUUCACCGUCACGUGACCAGGCCACAGUGAACGCGUACAGUAAUCUAUGCUCACCUGGGACUCCUGACAGCUGCAGGCAACAUAUGCGAAUCGUUUUCAUGAGUUUGCGCCAACGAGUAACUCAGGUAUGUUAUACUGCCUACGACACGCACUUUUCCGAGACCGCCAUCAGAGCUUACGUGUGCAGGGAAACGGUCCCGUGAAACUUCGACCCUGACUCCCUCAGUUUUGCUUGUGUCCCACAUCUCUGAUUCAUGCCUCCCUGCACCGAGUGUGGCACACUCUUUCAUGGUCUUAUCUCUAACCGCCCGUGCAACAACUGCACUCAGAUCAGUCUCAACACCUCACAAAUCGAGUGCGCGACGAUCCGGACAUGCCGUUUGUUCCGUAGAUAGCUUCGAUCAGUGUUCUUCGCCACCAUCGCAACACGCUUAUCAGAGCAUUGCCACCAAUUCCCCUGCCUAGGGCCAUCCCGGUGGGCCUGGGUUUGGGCACGCGGCAAGGGAUUGA